AUGGAGAACCUUUUAAGUGAAUGCUCCCAGUAUCUUAGGAAAAUAGCCGAUUGUUUGAACCUACUUAGAAGGUGUUGUAGCAUCAUGAAGACCAAAGAUGCAGGCCUAGAGUGGGAAUAGCCAAUACCGAGGUUCGUUUCAGGGACGCAGAAAUUGCCCGCAUUCAUUCAUCUGAUCGUGUCAACCGAAUCCAUCGUGGUUCCGGGGGCUCUGCUCAAAAUGAAGCAGAAAGAACAAAUGCAGCAAUUGGUGAUUCCCUUGUCGAUGGAUCAGUAUUGAGAUGGCAAUAUUUUAAGCCAUUUGACAGCACGACAGCUUUGGAGAUUGGUGCACUAUCAGCGGAUGAAGUAAAGCAAAAAGAGAAAGACUGGAUGGAAAAGAAUGCAUGGCAAGUAGCCCAGGAGUUAUAGCAGCCAUGGUGGAUGAUGAGCCAGGGCCUGCUGGAGACUUUGUUAAAUGUCAUGUUACAACUUCUGAAAAAAUCAAUUUUUUUUCAACAGAAAUUAUCUGAUGCAGAUACUACAAGAAGAUAUAUUCAUUUAUUGACAUUCACUUCCAAAUCGGAGAGAUGUUUCUUCAAUACCAGAAGAGGCUUGUGAAAUUUGCCAGCGGCAAACUAUGUGACUUUUGCAAGUCAAGUGGAAAGUGUUGUAGUCAGACUGAGCGCAUUCCAAGGCCAUUCCUGAUUAUCAAAGGCCUGGAUUUCACUACCUACCUGUGGACAUGACACCAACAGUCGAGAGAACCGUUGACGAUUAUUUACCACGAACCCAGUCAAAGAAUGCAUAUCAGUCUGGUGAAUGCUCACGGGAAGUUCUUGACAGCAUUUCAAAAUUCGCACAGGGGUUUGUUGUAUCAGAAGGAUGUGUGAAAACAUAUUUGGAGCACUUGAAAUUGUUGGGGCUAAAGAAGGAAAAGAGAAAGAAAGAGAGACUGGAGAAGCCUACCGUUAAAGCUAAAAUGACUUAUAAAGACUAUGAUUGGGUUAGCAUGCUGGGACUCUGA